AAAGAUAUAGAUAUAUAGAUUUUUGGGUAAUAGUGAAGAAACAACAAACAAAGAGGCAAAAACUCACUCACAUCAACGCAGAAAGCGACAAAGGUAAAAGUCGAAGGAGAGAAAGUAAAAGAAGAAGAAGAAAAGAUCAGAUGUUUUAAAAAUAAAUUUCUAUUUUUGUUUUAUCUUUUCUUUUCGAUUGCUUCGCUUGACUGUUUCGAAUCGGAAUAAGUCCGGAGAAUUUAGAGGCGGCCAUGGCUGUCGUCUUCCUUAUUUCCUCGGAUUCUUCUUCUUUCCCGGAAAAUCAAAGAUCAUCCAACUUUUUGAGAAGCUAUGAGGAACAGCGAGAUUAGGCCGCCCGAGAAGUUGCAUUCACAUAGACUAAGACAACGUUUAAGGAAGAUUAGGAUGAAGUGUUUGUGUUCUGGUGAACAAAUGAGACUUGUUGAAGAAGAAGACAAGCGAUCUGAGCUUGGUGUAAGCAAUGUAAGCUCAGCUUUGUCAGCUGCUGAGAGCGAGAACUCCAAGAAGCUAGAUAAUGGCAACAUUGAGGAAGCAGAGUUAUCUCUGCGUGAGACAAGUUCUUUGAACUACGAGGAGGCGAGAGCACUUUUGGGAAGAAUUGAGUAUCAGAAAGGAAACAUAGAGGCGGCAUUGAGAGUCUUUGAAGGGAUUGAUAUCAGUGGCAUCACAAUAAAGAUGAAAACAGCUUUAACCGCUAGAGAAGAACGGAAACAUAGAAGACGGUCUAAAAGCAGCUUUGUUGCUCCUCCUCAGCCUCCUAUGUCUAAACACGCUGUUAGUUUACUUUUCGAAGCUAUUUUCCUCAAAGCGAAAUCUCUCCAGCGUCUUGGGAGGUUCCAAGAAGCUGCGCAGUCAUGCAGAGUUAUUCUUGAUAUAAUCGAGGCUUCUUUAUCAGAAGGUGCGUCAGAGAAUGUGACUGGUGACAUCAAGUUGCAGGAGACAUUAACCAAAGCGGUUGAGCUGCUUCCUCAGCUGUGGAAACUUGCUGAUUCGCCACGUGAUGCUAUUUUAUCUUAUAGAAGAGCGCUUCUCAACCACUGGAAGCUCGAUCCGGAAACAACAGCAAGGAUACAGAAAGAGUACGCUGUGUUUCUCCUCUAUUCCGGUGAAGAAGCCGUGCCUCCUAACCUGCGUUCUCAGACUGAAGGCUCUUUCAUUCCUAGGAACAAUGUUGAAGAAGCUAUUCUUCUUCUCAUGUUACUUCUCAGGAAAGCUAACCAGAAAAGAAUCUCGUGGGAUGCAUCAAUCUUGGACCAUCUCUCCUUCGCUCUUACCAUCGCAGGCGACUUAACCGCUCUGGCUAAGCAGCUCGAAGAGCUUAGCCCCGAGAUAUUGGACCAGAGGGAGCUUUAUCAUACAUUGUCUCUGUGUUACCACGGUGCUGGGGAAGGUCUUGUGGCUCUCGGUUUAUUAAGGAAGUUAUUUUCAGAAAAGGAGGAUCCAAACAGGAUAUCUGGUUUGCUUAUGGCUUCAAAGAUAUGUGGUGAGAGACCUGGUCUCGCUGAGGAAGGGUUAGACUAUGCUCGGAGAGCGAUAGGGAACUUGGGGAACGAAUGCGUUCAGUUAGAUGGUGCAGCGCGUCUAGUUUUAGGCAUUGCACUUACUGAAAGCUCGAGGAGAACAGCUACUGAGGCAGAGAGGGUAGCUAGGCAAUCUGAGGGGAUGCAGGCAUUAGCUUCUGCAGAUAUGACAGACCCGAGAGUCGUGCACCGUCUCGCGUUAGAGAAUGCAGAGCAGAGGAAGCUGGAUUCCGCAUUGGUGUACUCUAAACAGGCGUUAAAGCUUGGAGCAGAGUCGGAUCUUGAAAUGUGGUUGCUUCUGGCUCGUGUUUUAUCUGCUCAAAAGCGGUUUUCAGACGCUGAGACCAUAGUGGAUGCUGCGCUUAACGAGACAGGGAAAUGGGAACAGGGGAAGCUGUUGCGUUUGAAGGCAAAGCUUCGUUUAGCUAAAGGAGAAGUGAAGGAUGGGAUUAAGAGUUACACAGAACUUCUUGCACUCCUUCAGGUUCAGAGCAAAAGCUUUAGUUCUGUAAAGAAGAUGCCAAAGGGAUAUGUAGAGGAACUGAGGAGUCUGGAGCUUGGGACGUGGCAUGAUCUGGCUCAUAUCUAUAUAGACCUCUCGCAAUGGCGUGACGCAGAGACAUGUCUCUCGAGAUCAAGACUCAUUGCCCCUUACUCUCCUGUUCGAUACCACACUCAAGGUGUACUAUUCAAGAGACAAGGACAAUUAGAAGAAGCGAUGGAAGCGUUUACAAAUGCUCUAGACAUCGAUCCAAUGCACGUCCCGAGCCUGAUAUCCAAGGCUGAGAUUCUACUGGAGCUUGGGAACCGAUCAAGCAUAGCAGUUGUAAGAAGCUUUCUAAUGGAGGCUCUUAGGAUUGAUAGGAUGAACCAGUCGGCUUGGUACAAUCUUGGGAAGAUGUUCAAAGCUGAAGGGUCUGUCUCGUCAAAGCAAGAGGCUGUUGAGUGUUUUCAAGCCGCUGUUGCAUUGGAGGAAACUAUGCCAGUGGAGCCGUUCAGAUGAUUCUUUUUUUGUUUUUUGUUAUGAUUUCUCUUUUCCUUUUUUUUUUUUGUUUGUUUUGAUAUAUAGAGAUGGAUAUAAGAUAUAAAAUGUAUGUGUGGGUAUCUGAUUUGAUGUGAAGUUUAUAAACAUUCUGUAACACAUAGUUUAAAAGAAACUAAAUUGGUUGUGGUCAAGUGUUCUUGUAAGCCAGAUAUAGUUUACUAUUCUAAAAACAUGAAGACAGAAUCUGUAUCUGUAAAACUAAUAAUGAGUUUAGCAUGUAGAUUACAUUUGAAUGAUGAAGAAGAUUCUCCCAAACAAAGUCUUAUUUGUUUUUGGUUUCUUCUUGGGGUAUCUGUUGCUUGUCUACACAGCAGAGCUGAGAGUCUUUCAUCAGGAAAAAUAGUUAAACAGUAGAGAGAGAAGUCUUCAAGUCUCCCACUCUGUUAAACUCUGGAACUCCUAAACGAUCCAGUAAAACACCAAUUUUCUUGGUAAUAGAGAGCUUUCAGUUAUCUGUUUUGGGGCGCUUUGGCUGUGGAGAAUCUGGCUCUUGGCAUUUCCUGGUUUCCUCUGGUGCGAGCUCCUUUGAAUCAGUGAUUUUCUUGUCUUCUUGUUCGGAUUUGGAAGGCGUUUCUGAUGUUGAGGCUGUGCCUUUGCCUAGACCAGAGUUUUGUUUCUCGAACAUCAUUUGCAGGUACU